AUGGUUGAAGCCGCAUCUGCGGGCAACCUCGAUAUGCUAGAACAACUACUUGCCGACGAGGAGAAUCCUGCCGAAGAAACUAUCCAGACACUUCUGAAUGCAGCAGCAUGGAAGUCACAAACAUCAAUUGUCAGUUUCCUUCUGUCGAACUACCCAUCUGUUCCACUUCCGGAAGAAACUAUCCGUGCAGCUGUCUACUCACCAUCCAUAGAACUAAUCUCAGCACUUUUGUCCAAAGCUGCAGCAAUUAUCAAUCACCAGUUCGACAGACGUGGUACGCCCAUCGCCUUAGCAUGUAUGAACAAGCAGCCGGUCGAGUUUUUGGAAUUCUUGUUAUAG